AUGGCUGCAUCUCCACUCUUUUCACAUCUCCAUGGUCUGGGCAUCCACCGGGACCACCCCUAUGGGCCCUCAUCACCUUUGCCGCCCCCACCACCCCCGGGAUCCUCCAUUUUUGUCCAGUGUUACGACCCUCCCCUCCUGGACUGCCUCGACAACAUCGUCGUCGUCCCCAAGCUCUACCUGCAUCCCAUUCACCAUGAAGAUCAGGGCUCCCUCUGCGUGGGGGACAAGAUAGUCGCUCACCAUGCGUACACCCUCCCACGUGGCGCCCUCCAGAUCCCGGGGCCAGCUGCCGCCUCUGGCCGCAUCACAGAGGUCCUCUCCAGCGGCCAUGGCUGGCGAUACCUGUUGGUCCUCUGCGAGUCCCUCCUGGGAGUUGACACUGGGGCCCAUCCCAUUCAUGACCUGAUCCACACGGCCAUCAUCCUUGCCGUCCCCCUUUGUGUCACCCCAAUUCCCACCCCUGUCGCCCUGAAGAAGAAACUCUCCUUCUUCCGCCACCACCAGCCCACCCCCCCAGAGCACACCCAGCGCACGUGCACCCCACUGCCCCCGCCUCCGGGUCACCGGGUCGCACCUACUGUAUCAGCUCUCCUUGACAUUCUGCCCCAAGACGCCAUACUGGGGGUUGACGACGUCGCCUGGGACUCCAAGUCCGACUUUGCCCUCUAG